CUCUCGCCCCUUUUCUGUCGUUUUCAAGCGACGUUUUGCCAUUUGUCCGGGGUUCGUCGAAUCAAAAGUCACAAAGUCGAAAGCAAGACCACACCAGUCGGAGAGACACAUGCCCGCACGCGCGCCGGAUUUCGAGGGGUCCCCGUAUCGUGCGCCCGACGGCGCGGUGCGGCGCUUCAUCUGGCGCCGCAAGAUGUGGGCCGAGGCGACGUUCGCGUUGUCGAUGCUCGAGCCAUGGGAGAAGGUCGUCGUCUGGUCGAUCUUUCUCGGCGUCGCGGUGCUGUUCCUCUGCGGCUUGUACCAGUACCUCCCGCACCACCUCGACUUCCUGCGUCGGCGGGCGAUGUACUACUUCCUUGGCGAGGAGUCUGGGGAGAGCGUGUCGUGGCUCACGGCGGGCGCGAGUUGGGCGGGAUCUGGGGGCAAGGAGUUGUGAGCUGGCUGUUAUUGAACCACUGUUGAACAUGCACGUUAGUUAGAGCGGACAGGUACAGGAUGGGGGACAUAUCACACGAUUACAAAUUACCAAUCCACCUUAAUGACCUUCGCGACGUCGCUCGUAGGAUGAGUCUCUGUUGUUUCUUUUCAUCCUCGCCUUCUUUGCUUGGGCGAUCUUACUGGUUUACGCUUGUCGACACGAACCGGUUUCUCUCCCUCUCUCUUUGAUCGAAUGGAACUCCGAUUAUCCCCUGUUGGUACCGCAUGAGCUCUAGCCGGGGUUCUGGCUGGCCUGACAUGGGUCUUAGUCGGUGUCGGUGAGUAAUGCCGAUCCACUUGUCGUCGCAUGUAUCACUUGUCCACGCUCCCGGGCUGUCCCUAUUCUUAGCGUCGUCUCCUGCGCCG